GCCCAUAGUCGGAAAUUUUUUGUGUCGUAAGACGAGUCACAAUUUUUCUAACGCAGUUUUUAUUUUAUUUUUAUAAUGAUUAUAUCAUCAUUAUAAAGAAAAAGUGUAUCAAAAAUAAUAUUUGAGAAAGUUAAAAAAUAUUUUUAAACUAUUAAAGCUUGUUCUAUUUAACAUUGAAAUGAGUGAUUAUAAUUUACAAGUUUAUUAUAAAAAUUGAUAGAACAUUUUGUAUUUAAGUUUAUACAAAGAUUUAAUAAUGUAGCAAGUACUGUUACAAGUUAAAUAAUUAGUUUAAAUUAUUAGAUAGUUUUCAAUGAACUUGGAAAGAGUGUUUACAUCAACAGAAUGAGGUUGGAAGAAAUGCCAUUACGAAUGAGUUCAUCUGAUGACCGGAAUUUUGAAAUGGAUGAGGAGACUGAUUAUUUAAUACAACCUACUAAUGAUAAUUUGAGGCCCUUAAUCAUUAGAAAUCGUCGAAUCAAUGCAUGUACAAGAUUUUUCAAAUAUUUUUUAUGUGGAUGCUGUACGUGGAUGUGGAGACGGUGUUGCAGGGAAAGAGAAUACAAAGCAAGAACUAUACACAUUGGUAAGCCAAUGUAUGAGAAAUUUCCUACCAACGUUAUUCGAAAUCAGAAAUACAAUAUCAUCACUUUUCUACCUCUGGUUUUGUUUCAACAAUUUAAGUUUUUCCUGAAUCUCUACUUUCUUAUAAUGGCAAGUUCUCAAUUUAUAAAAGAACUUAAAAUAGGAUAUUUGUAUACAUAUUGGGGACCACUUUGCUUUGUAUUAACUGUAACAAUCUGUCGAGAGGCUGUUGACGAUUUUAGAAGAUACAAAAGAGACAAAGAAGUGAAUGGACAAAAAUAUUACAGACUAGUUAGAGGUUCUGACACUCCUGAGCUGGUUCCGAGUUCAAAACUAAAGGUUGGUGACAUGAUUAUUGUUGAAAAAGGUCAAAGAGUUCCUGCAGAUUUGGUUUUAUUACGAACAACUGAAAAGUCCGGAUCUUGUUUUGUACGAACUGACCAAUUGGAUGGAGAAACUGAUUGGAAAUUGAGACUAGCUGUUCCAGCAACUCAAAAACUUGAAAGUGACGAUCAAUUAUUUAAGAUAAAAGCGAGUUUAUAUGUUGAAAAACCUCAAAAAGAUAUUCAUGGUUUUAUUGGAACAUUUACCCGAGAAGAUGAAUAUAAUAGUGAAGAGAGUCUUGGUGUAGAUAAUACACUCUGGGCAAACACUGCGGUUGCUUCAGGUUCAGCUUUAGGAGUUGUAGUUUACACUGGUCAAGAAACACGGUCAUUAAUGAACCAUUCAGCUCCAAGAUCAAAGAUUGGCUUACUUGAUCAAGAGAUUAAUCAACUAACUAAAGUUCUAUUUGGCGCCGUAAUUGGUUUAGCUUUGGUGAUGAUGUGUUUGAAAGGGUUCAAUGGACCUUGGUACUGUUAUAUGUUCCGGUUUGUCCUUCUCUUCUCUUACAUCAUUCCAAUCAGUCUUAGAAUCAAUCUAGAUAUGGGUAAAACAUUUUAUGCUUGGUGUAUUCAAAGAGAUAAAGAGAUAAGUGGCACUGUAGUAAGAACAACGACAAUUCCCGAAGAAUUAGGACGAAUUUCCUAUUUAUUAAGUGAUAAAACUGGAACAUUAACACAAAAUAAAAUGGUUUUUAAGAAACUUCAUUUAGGUACUGCAUCUUAUGGACAAGAAACUUUUGAUGAAAUCACGUCAGUUUUAAAUAAUUAUUAUCCACCAAAUGGACUGGAAACAUCUCCUGCAAAAACAGUCAUUCAGAUGUCUGGAGGAAAAGUACGAAGAUCAGAAAAUACACGGAUUUUCGAAGCUGUUCAUGCUUUAGCACUCUGUCACAACGUAACUCCAGUUUAUGAUGAUGUCAAUAACGAUACAGUGAGUGUAGAAACAACAGAGACAACAGACACGGGUUCUAUUCAAAGUCAAACAGAAUCUGACCAACAUUAUUAUCCAGAUCAAACUCGAAAUUAUCAAGCAUCAAGCCCAGAUGAAGUGGCCUUAGUCAAAUGGACUGAAGAAGUUGGCUUAGCGCUUUUCAGAAGGGAUCUUAAUUUUUUAGAACUAAAGGCGUCUAAUGGACAAAUAUUACGAUACACUAUUUUACAAGUUUUUCCGUUUACCUCAGAAACCAAGCGCAUGGGAAUCAUUGUAAGAGAAGAAAUUAGUUCAGAAAUAACAUUUUAUCUGAAAGGCGCGGAUGUUGUUAUGUCCGGUAUUGUUCAAUACAAUGAUUGGCUAGAUGAAGAGUGUGGUAAUAUGGCAAGAGAAGGAUUGAGAACAUUAGUAGUAGCGAAAAAAAAUUUGACAGAAGAACAGUACACUGAUUUUGAAACAAGAUAUAAUGCAGCACGAUGUGCAGUCAAUGACAGACCGUCAAAAGUAGCCGCUGUCAUUGAAAGCCUUGAAAGAGAAAUGGAAUUACUUUGUGUUACCGGAGUAGAAGACAGGCUCCAAGAUCGGGUACGCCCUACGUUAGAAUUACUGAGAAACGCUGGAAUAAAAAUAUGGAUGUUAACUGGAGAUAAAUUAGAAACAGCUACGUGUAUUGCCAAGUCUUCGAGACUUGUAUCACGUACUCAGGGACUUCACAUUUUUAAACCAGUUGUUACAAGAACUGAUGCUCAUCUAGAACUCAACACUUUUCGAAAGAAACAAGAUUGUGCCUUGGUUAUCAGUGGAGAAUCCUUAGAAGUCUGUCUUCAAUACUACGAACAAGAAUUCAUGGAACUGGCUUGUGGUUCUCCAGCAGUAGUUUGUUGCCGAUGUUCACCAACGCAAAAAGCAGAAGUGGUGACGUUAAUUCAGAGUCAUACUGGAAAAAGAACAGCAGCAGUGGGAGAUGGUGGAAAUGAUGUGUCAAUGAUCCAAGCAGCUGAUGCUGGCAUUGGUAUUGAAGGAUUAGAAGGACGUCAAGCAUCUUUGGCUGCUGAUUUUUCUAUUCCUCAAUUUAGUCAUUUGUCAAAUUUGCUACUUGUUCAUGGUAGAAGGAGUUACAAGAGGUCUGCUGCUCUGAGUCAAUUUGUAAUUCACCGUGGACUGAUUAUUUCAACAAUGCAAGCUGUAUUCUCUGCUGUUUUUUACCUUUCAUCUGUAGCUUUAUACCAAGGAUUUCUCAUGGUUGGUUACGCUACUAUAUACACCAUGUUUCCAGUAUUCUCAUUGGUUUUAGAUAAAGAUAUUUCACGUGAAGUAGCGAUACGUUUCCCAGAAUUAUAUAAAGAACUCAGUAAAGGCCGUUCUUUAUCUUACAAAACAUUUUUCAUGUGGGUUUUGAUUAGUAUUUACCAAGGAGGUAUAAUCAUGUACGGUGCACUAAUUAUGUUCGAAGAUGAAUUCAUUCACAUUGUGGCUAUCAGUUUUUCCGCUCUUGUAUUGACCGAAUUAAUUAUGGUUGCUUUAACUAUAAGAACAUGGCAUCAUAUAAUGGUUAUUGCUGAAUUUUUAUCUUUAGCACUGUACCUGCUGUCAUUAUUUGUUUUAAAAGAUUAUUUUGAUGCUGAAUUUAUUACAACUACAGGCUUUCUUUGGAAAGUUUUAGUAAUAACACUCGUUUCGUGUUUGCCGCUUUAUGUCCUGAAAUUUUUACGAAAGAAAUUUUCUCCACCCAGUUAUACGAAAUUAUCGUGAACAAUUUAAUUUUUGUUUGUUGCUAAGUUGGCUAAUAAAUUUUUUAUUUCUAUCAAUGGACAUCAAUAAAGAUGGUAUAUAAUUUCUUUAUUACUUUAAUAGAAAAUUAAAAUAUAAUUUUUUAUAAAUCUCUGAAAAAUCGAUUUCUUAUUCUAUAAAAUUGAUGCAGGAGAAAAAGAAUUUAUUAGUCAAAUUAAUAUUACAUGUUUUUAAAAACAAAAUAUGUAGCUUGUAAAUUAUACUGUAAAUAUUCACAUAAAAUUAAGUUCCUGAAAGAUAACAAAACAUAUUACGAAUAUAAAAAGAAUAACAAUUAUGUCCUGCCAACAUAAAAAUCUGCAAUUUUUACAUAAAAUCUCAUCGUGAAGAUAAAUUUUGCGAGCAUUUAAAAAAUUCAGAUUUAUGUAAAAUAUAUAUAUUUCAGUGCACAGACAUUAUUAUGGUUAAUUGGCACUAAAAGGAUAAUGGGAUUUAUAGCAGAAAGAAAUUAAAGAUUUUUUUAAGCAGAAA